CCCCCGCUCUGCCUUGACACAGGUCGUUGCUCUUCUGCCUGCACUCCUCUUUCACAUUCAGACUCUAUUCUCACGCUCUGUUUAGACAGUCCUCCAGACGAGCUUGUGUCCGGCUUAGACCAUGCUUUGGCGUUUGUGCCUGUUCCUCCUGACCCUUCACCUGACCACUGCUCAUGUGUUCAUAGAUGGCUCGGCAGCCAACCAGGUUCUGACCAGGCCAAGACGAGCCAACAGUUUAUUCGAAGAAAUGAAACAAGGUAACCUAGAGAGGGAGUGCGUUGAGGAACGUUGUGACAAGGAGGAGGCGCGAGAAAUCUUUGAGGAUGACCAAAAGACUCAAGAGUUCUGGAGCAAAUAUUUUGAUGGCGAUUCAUGUCUGUCAAAGCCCUGUGUGAAUAAUGGACGGUGCAAAGAUGGGAUUGGAACCUACUCAUGCUACUGCCUUGAGGGAUUUAAGGGCCACAACUGUGAAAUUGUCAUUCCUCAGCUCUGUGAAACUAAAAAUGGUGGCUGUGAACAUUUCUGCCACGUGCGCAAUCGCGCUGUUCAAUGCUCCUGUGCUGACGGCUACUACCUGGCCCCAAACAAUAAAAACUGCCACUCAAACAACACCUUCAAAUGUGGUGCCAUCGUCACCGACAAAGUUCGUACCAUUUUCCGGUAUGACCGGAACUCAACCGAGGUGAACUCUACAGAGCUGAUUGGGAAUGAAACCUUCACAGACGAAAGGUUCACGCCGAAACAUGAGGCUGCCACACUGUCCACAUCCAACAACAGCAGCCAAACUCAACUGGAGUAUGUGGUUGAGGAAACCGUUGUACCUCAGAGGGCAAGACACGUUCGCAUCGUCAAUGGAGAAGACUGUCCACCAGGAGAAUGUCCUUGGCAGGCUCUUCUGCUAAAUGAGGAUCACCAAGGCUUCUGUGGAGGAACAAUCCUCAGUGAACAUAUCAUCCUUACUGCUGCCCACUGCAUGAACCAAACACGUUACAUGUAUGUCAAACUUGGAAAGUUUGACAUGCUGAAGACGGAGAAGUUUGAAGCGACACACGCUGUAGCCACCAUCAUCUCUCACUCAAAAUAUACACCGUUAACCUACAACAAUGACAUUGCACUCAUCAAACUGCAAAACCCAAUCAAGUUCACCAAGUACAUUCUGCCAGCAUGCUUACCUGACCAAGAAUUUGCCGAAAAGGUACUGAUGCGCCAGCCAGAGGGGCUGGUCAGCGGUUUUGGACGUCUCGGUGAAGGCCGGGCGCCAUCCACCAUCUUGCAGCGCCUUAGUGUCCCUUAUGUUGACCGGCACGUCUGCAUGGAAUCCACACCGCUGGAAAUCCUGCCGCAGAUGUUUUGUGCUGGCUACGAUAAAGAGGCAAAGGACGCCUGCCAGGGCGACAGUGGGGGCCCGCACGUAACGCGCUACCAUGACACCUACUUUGUAACAGGCGUAGUGAGCUGGGGCGAAGGCUGCGCGCGCAAAGGCAAAUACGGGAUCUACACCCAGGUGUCCAAGUACAUCCCCUGGAUCAGAGUAGCCACCAAAAGACUGAUGGACCUAAAUCUAAACAGACAAAGACCAAAAAGGCAUGAUGGCACCAUCCGGCGCCUGUUCCUAACAAACAUUCCCAGAUACUCAAGUUUGUCAUCAGUGGAACAGACUGUGAACACGAUAAAAUCUGGAUCUGAGGUAAAGGUUGUUGGGACACCCAGUAGCAUUUGUGAGUCACCCAAAGGUGUAUUUGUGUUUGAGGUUGUGGCGGCAGUCAGUGCUCUGGCGGUGGACAACAUGUCGGCAUCUCUUCUCCAGCUCUGCCUUCUUGCUUGUAUCCCUCAAGUGUUCAGUGAUGGCAAAGUGUUUCCUCGGAUGCCUGGGUCUGAAGCCGUGUUCCUGCGGUCCAAACGAGCCAACAGGUUCCUAGUGGAAGAGAUUCUACAGGGGAACCUGGAGCGAGAGUGCUUCGAGGAGCUCUGCAACUACGAGGAGGCACGCGAGGUGUUUGAGGACACCGCAAAGACGAUCUCCUUCUGGACAGUUUACUAUGAUGGAGACCAGUGUAUAUCCAGCCCCUGCCUCAAUGGAGGACUCUGCACGGACAAAGUGGGGGGGUUUUCUUGCUCCUGCCCAGCCCCCUACCACGGACCAGCCUGUGAAAAAGGAGGCCUGAGUACAGAUGAAAAAUACAAAUUCAGAGGGCACGAGUUAUCUGUUCAUCAGGUUACGGCACCAGAAAUUUCAGAGUGUCCCACUGGCGGCCCGGCAGCUUGUCACCAGCUGUGCGAGGUUUCCGGACGCUCAUUCACCUGUUCCUGCACCACGGGGUUCAAACUUCAUGGUGACGGACGAAGCUGUGUGCCUGACGUGAAGUUUCCCUGCGGAAGGCUCCCCAGCGCCACCCGUCCCGUUUGUCCUCAUGGACAUUGUCCUUGGCAGGUGACCCUGAUGAGCAGUAAAGGGGUGGAGCUAUGUGGAGGUGUGGUGCUGGGACAACACUCCAUCCUGACUGCGGCUCGCUGUCUCUUCCUCCAAUCAGAUUCUGAGCUGAGAGUAUCGGAUUUCUAUGUGGUGGCUGGUAAUCUCCUCCAGCAGUCUGCACUAUCAGACAUGCAAGCAUGUAACGCGGAAAUCACAAUUCUGGAUGUGCACCUACACGAUCAAUUCCAUAGCAAUCACCAUGACAACAACCUUGCUCUUCUUAAGCUGAGCCGCCCCUUGCUUUUUGGCCCAACCCUCAUCCACCUGUGCCUGCCCACCAAGGAUUUUAGUGAGAACAUCCUAAUGCAUUCUGGGAGAAAAGGCAACCUUCAAAGACAGCAACUGCUAUACGUGACGCUGGACGAGUGUCGCAAGAGCCUGAAUGUGUCGCAUUCACUGACCAACAAAAUGUUCUGCAUGGUGGAGCAGGGCAGAAAGAGGGGGCAUCAUGAGGACGUCCAGGAUUCCAGCGUAGGGCCAAACAGAGCUUCAGCGGUGGACAACUCCACCCAAGAGAGAUCUAGGACUGCUGGCCAGAAUCAAACCCAGAUAAAUGGCAGAGAAAACAUCACCAGCAGUCCACAUAGAAGGUCUGAGGGAGGAGCCAGGCUCUGCAACGGCCUCCUCCAAGGAUCACCAGUAGCUACAAUGGAGAAAGGAACAGCUUUCCUCACCGGGCUCCUGCUGUCCUCCUCCACUGACUGCGAGGGUCAGGUGUUUAUCAAAGUAUCGCGAUAUUUAAACUGGAUCUCCAACAGGCUAAAGGUAGCAGAGAACCACACAAGCAGUCACAUCAGCCAGAGUCUUGUAGACUUGUCUGAACUCUGA